GGACGAUAUGUACAUGCAUAGGUAUUUCCAUUCAUAUUCGACUAACAUUUCUUUCAGACAUCCUUUAACACUUACAGGCCUGCGCUCUGGGACUCUCUUCUUCAAUUUAUACGCAUGGGAUAAAAAUACUUGAAUAUCUGUUGUCUUUUGUAUUCUCUUGAAUUUGCAGUCCGAGACUCGUAUGUUGUUUAUCAUUCGAGUAUCACUUGCAAGUAUGCGCUUGCUUUUCCGUUAAGCCGUUUCCGUUUGUAAAUUUGUUUCCUCGCUCCAGGCUAAAGCCUAUCAGUCUCGUGUGUUGCCCGUAGAUGUGUUGAAACUUAAAAGUUGUCGCUUAAUAUCUACCUACUAUGUACAUCAGCUAUUUAUGAUUUAUUUCAGUUCCUAUACGAUACAUUUCCGAAAGUUUCCAGGAGCCAUUGCAAUUCUAAUUUUGAGGCUUUUCCACAUUCUUUGAACGUUUAGUUCUGGUUGAAGAUGAUUAUGUUUAAGCCAGAGCACAGCCAUCGAUAUGGUGAACGCCCUGCUUCUGGUUGGAUCUGCUGACCCAGUUCGGACAUCAUUACCACUUUUGUGGGGCGGCGCAGAAAGUUUGCAGCCUCUCCUCUCCGGCUGCCUAGCCAAUGGGCUGGAGGCUGUUGGCUGGCGGGGAAAGGGCGUUGACGCGUGUGCCGCCUGUACGCUUAUCAUCCAUCCGCUAGCUGCACUCAGUACGCUGCUGCAGCCAGAGCGAACAGGCAGUCGGCUUAGAUUUAGGCGGAGGCAGAGCCAGAGACAUAGCCAUAGCCGGAAUGAGCGUGCACAAUGUGAUCUGCGCGAUCUGCUCGGAGCGGUAUCGGAUGACGGACCAGAUCCUGGCAGGGAGCUGCGGUCACGUAUUCCACGAGGAGUGCCUGGAACGCUGGCGUGUGGAGUAAGUGGAGUCCCAGUGGAGUCAAGAACGUGCCCCAUUUGCCGCAGCGACGACACUGUGUACUUGCAGCUUUACUUGGACUUUGAAGAGCCGCCACCCAGCCAGAAUCAGAGCCAAGGUCAAAGCGGGAGUGCAGACAGCGGAAUCGAGAGUGUCGAGAGUGGCACCGAAUAUUCCGGAAUAAUGCGGGAGUACGAGAAUCUGCUGUACGAGACGGGGGUGUAUCGGGAGGAGAUAGAGUACUUAAAUGAGCGCAUUGAGACCCUAAUGCUGCGCAAUUCACAGCUGAAGGCGAAGCUGGAAAUGUCGAGCGAUUCUGAUUAAAGAAACUUUGAUGUUAACA